UGCAAGGCGCUGCUUUGCAGAGCGUUUUAGAGAUGUUUUAUUUAAAAGCUUUUUUUCAGUUAAUAUAUGGUGAAGCGCCUAUUGUGUGUGCGUAUCAAUUCCUCAGCGUAUCCUUUUGGGGGGUGGCUUUUGUUAUAUUUUGUCUUACAUGUUCUACUACGUGCAGAGAGAAGGAGCAAGAAAGGGAAGAACAGUUAAUGGAAGACAAGAAAAGGAAGAAAGAGGAUAAGAAAAAGAAGGAAUCUGCUCAGAAGGUCACAGAUCAAAAAACCAAAGUGCCCGAAGUGACGAAACCAAGUUUAAGCCAACCAGUGGCUGCCAGCCCAAUUGGCAACUCUCCAUCGCCACCAGUCAAUGGUGGCAACAAUGCCAAAAGGGUGGCAGUGCCGAACGGACAACCGCCAAGCGCCGCCCGCUACAUGCCUCGGGAGGUGCCGCCGCGAUUCCGUUGCCAGCAGGACCACAAAGUGUUACUGAAACGUGGGCAGCCCCCUCCGCCAUCCUGCAUGCUCCUUGGGGGUGGAGCAGGGCCUCCCCCCCCAACAGCACCAGGAGCAAACCCAAACAACGCACAACCAGUGACAGGAGCACUGCUGCAGAGCGACAGUGGGACUGCAACAGAUUCAACAAUUGGAGGUGCUGCUGCUUCAAAUUAUGCAAAUUCCACUUGGGGUCCUGGAGCCUCCUCCAACAGCGGCACCAACGCCAACCCAACUCACAUCUGGGACAAGGUGAUUGUAGACGGGUCUGACAUGGAAGAGUGGCCUUGUAUUGCCAGCAAAGAUGCUGAGUCUUCUUCCGAAAACACCACCGAUAACAACAGUGCCUCGAACCCUGGCUUGGAGAAGAACGCUCUGCCAGGAAGCACCACUAGUAACAAAGGAAAAGGAAGCCAGUGCCAGUCUGGAAGCGCUGGAAACGAAUGUAAUCUUGGGGCCUGGAAAUCUGAUCCCAAGGCUAAAUCUGUUCAAUCUUCCAACCCUGCUGCCGAGAGUAACAAUGGACUAAGUAAUUGGAGGAACUUGACUGGACAAGAUAGAAUUGGUCCUGGUUCUGGCUUCAGCAACUUUAACCCAAAUAGCAACCCAUCUGCUUGGCCGGCACUGGUUCAGGAGGGCAGUUCUAGGAAAGGGACUUUGGAAUCUGAUAGUGGUAGCUCCAAUGCACAGAUUAGCACAGUAGGUCAGACCUCUAGGGAACAGCAGUCAAAGAUGGAAAAUGCGGGUGUUAACUUUGUCUCUGGCAGAGAACAGGCUCAAAUUCAUAACACUGAUGGACCAAAAAAUGGAAACACUAACUCCUUGAACUUAAGUUCACCAAACCCUAUGGAGAAUAAGGGAAUGCCCUUUGAAAUGGGCUUGGGGAACCCUUCCAGGAGCACUGACACCCCUUCACAAAGCACUGGAGAAAGAAAGACUGGGAGUGUUGGAUCUUGGGGUACAGCUAGGGGGUCUUCUGGAACUGACACAGUCUCUGGACAGAGCAAUUCUGGAAACCAUGGGAACAAUGGAAAGGAUAGGGAGGACUCCUGGAAAGGAGCUUCUGUUCAAAAACCUAAUGGGUCAAGAAGUGAUUCUUGGGAUAACAAUAACCGGUCUACGGGUGGUGGGUCUUGGAACUUUGGCCCUCAGCAUGCAAAUGAAAGCAAAUGGGGUGAAGGGAACAAAUUAACAUCUGGGGUCUCUCAGGGAGAAUGGAAACAGCUGUCUGGGUCUGAUGAACUGAAGAUUGGAGAAUGGAGUGGUCCAAACCAACCAAAUUCUAGCACUGGAGCAUGGGACAAUCAAAAAGGCCACCCUCUUCCUGAAAACCAAGGCAAUUCCCAGGCUCCCUGUUGGGGAAGAUCUUCCAGCUCUGCGGGAAGUGAGGUUGGAGGUCAAAGCACUGGAAGCAACCACAAAGCAGGAAGCAGUGACAGUCACAAUUCUGGACGCCGAUCAUAUAGGCCUACACAUCCCGAUUGCCAGGCAGUCUUGCAGACUUUGCUGAGCAGGACUGAUUUGGACCCCCGAGUGCUUUCAAACACUGGCUGGGGCCAAACUCAAAUUAAGCAAGACACCGUGUGGGAUAUUGAAGAGAUGCCACGGCCCGAGGGGAAGUCUGAUAAAGGAACUGAGGGGUGGGAGAGCUCUGCCACACAGACAAAGAACUCAGGGGGCUGGGGCGAUGUACCCAGCCAAAGCAAUCAAAUCAAGUCUGGAUGGGGUGAGCUCUCGACCCCAACAGAGUGGAAGGAUCCCAAAAAUACUGGAGGAUGGAAUGACUAUAAGAACCCCAAUUCUUCUAAUUGGGGAGGGGGAAGACCGGAAGAAAAAUCGUCGUCUUCUUGGAAUGAAAGCUCGAGUAAGGAUCAGGGGUGGGGUGGACGGCAACCUAAUCAAGGAUGGUCUUCUGGAAAGAACGGUUGGGGAGAGGAAGUUGACCAAACAAAAAACAGCAACUGGGAAAGUGCAGGAAACAAGCCAGUGUCUGGUUGGGGUGAAGGUGGGCAAAAUGAGAUUGGAACUUGGGGUAACGGUGCAAAUACAGGCUCUGCUUCAAAGGGUGGAUGGGAUGAUUGUAAAAGAAAUUCAACAUGGAACGAGACGGGUCGACAGCCCAACUCCUGGAACAAGCAGCAGCAGCAGCACCAGCAGCAACAGCAGGAGACUUCUGGUUCCUGGGGUCCAUCACCACAAACUCCAAGUAAUGGGCGACCUCCAAACCCAAACUGGAACAGCGGACCGCAACCAGCUGCCCCCAAAGACGAGGAGCCUAGUGGCUGGGAAGAACCUUCCCCACAGUCAAUCAGUCGGAAAAUGGAUAUUGAUGAUGGCACUUCGGCAUGGGGAGAUCCUAGCAGUUACAACUACAAGAAUGUGAACCUGUGGGACAAGAACUCGCAAGGAGGACAGGCCCCACGGGAACAGAGCCUGCCUACUCCAAUGACUGGCAAAUCACAAGCAUCAGUCUGGAGCAAAAGCACUCCACCUGCUCCAGAUAAUGGUACGUCCGCCUGGGGUGAGCCAAAUGAAACCAGUCCCGGGUGGGGUGAAGUAGAUGAUACAGGAGCAUCGACUACAGGCUGGGGGAAUGCACCUUCCAACGCCCCGAAUGCCAUGAAAUCUAGAGUCCGUGCAGCUGCUAUGAAGGUUUCAGCUCAACUAAAGUCAUGUUCUAAAUCUAUGCAAGAUGGCUGGGGAGAGAGUGAUGGGCCAGUGACAGGAACGCGUCACUCCAGCUGGGAAGAGGAGGAGGAGGGAGGAGUCUGGAACACAGCAGGCUCUCAGGGAAGCAGUUCCUCCCACAACUCAACAAGCUGGGGGCAAGGAGGAAAGAAAACACAAAUGAAGUGCUCAUUAAAAGGAGGGAAUAGUGAUUCAUGGAUGAACCCUAUAUCCAAACAGUUUUCAAAUAUGGGCUUGCUAAGUCAAACUGAGGACAUUCCAGGCAGUAAGAUGGACUUGUCUGUAGGUGGUCUCCCAGAUAAGAAGUUUGAGGUAGAUAAACGAGCCAUGAAUCUCGGGGAUUUUAACGACAUAAUGAGAAAGGAUCGAUCUGGGUUCCGUCCACCUAAUUCCAAAGACAUGGGAACUACAGAUAGUGGGCCUUAUUUUGAGAAGGGUGGCAAUCAUGGUUUGUUUGGAAACAGCACAGCACAAUCGAGGGGCAUGCACACACCAGUGCAGCCACUAAAUCCUUCCCCCAAUAUCCGGGCGCAAGUGCCUCCCCAAUUUCUUUCUCCCCAGGUUUCGGCCUCCAUGCUCAAGCAGUUCCCCAACAGUGGCUUGAAUCCAGGUCUUUUCAAUAUGGGGCCCCAGCUUUCUCCGCAACAGAUUGCCAUGCUGAGCCAGCUUCCACAGAUUCCUCAGUUUCAAUUAGCAUGUCAGCUCCUCCUUCAGCAGCAGCAGCAGCAGCAGCUGUUACAGAGCCAGAGGAAGUUAUCUCAAGCUGUGCGACAACAGCAGGAGCAACAGAUUGCUCGUAUGGUGAGUGCCCUCCAGCAGCAGCAGCAGAGGCAGCCUGGUAUGAAGCAUUCACCAUCCCACCCUGUUGGGCCUAAGCCGCAUAUAGACAGCAUGGUACCCAAUCCCUUGAAUGUGGGUCUCUCAGAUUUACAGACCAAAGGGCAAAUACCUGGAUACGGUUCAGGCUUCGGCUCAAGUGGCAUGGAUUAUGGCAUGGUGGGAGGGAAAGAAGCUGGAACAGAAUCCCGCUUUAAACAGUGGACUAUGAUGGAAGGGCUGCCCUCUGUGGCUUCUCAAGAUGCCAAUAUGCACAAAAAUGGUGCAAUAGUGCCCCCUGGAAAGGCUCGCGGAGGGUCGCCCUACAACCAGUUUGACAUAAUUCAGGGCGACCCACUAGGUGGCCAUGCAGGCCCUGCUGGUGAUAGUUGGUUACCUGCCAAAUCUCCACCGACGAACAAGAUCGGAAGCAAAUCCAGCAACGCCAGCUGGCCUCCAGAGUUCCAACCAGGAGUGCCAUGGAAAGGUAUACAAAACAUUGACCCUGAAUCGGACCCCUAUGUGACCCCUGGAAGUGUGCUGGGGGGGACAGCCACAUCUCCCAUUGUAGAUACUGACCACCAACUUCUGCGGGACAACACCACAGCAAAAUUCAGUGAUUACAAAUCAACAUGGUCCCCAGAUCCCAUAGGACACAAUCCCACUCAUCUCUCCAACAAGAUGUGGAAAAACCAUAUUUCCUCAAGGAACACUACAGGGCUGCCCCGCCCGCCUCCUGGCCUGACCAACCCCAAACCAUCAUCUCCAUGGAACAGCACAGCACCCCGAUCGGUCAGGGGCUGGGGGGCACAGGACUCAAGGCUUGCCUCUGGUGAGAAGAAUCAUCUGAUAGCACCAUUGAUCAGACCUGAGGAGUGUACGUUUUACAGCACUAAUGGUUUGGAGGAAAGAAAGUUGCAGUUGCCUGCAUCUACUUGGAGUGAUGGUAGCUCAGUUCGUCCUAGUUACUGGCUGGUUCUUCACAAUCUCACUCCACAGAUCGAUGGGUCAACCUUGAGGACGAUCUGCAUGCAGCACGGCCCACUGCUGACAUUCCAUCUGAACCUGACCCAGGGCACCGCCCUCAUCCGAUACAACACCAAACAGGAGGCGGCCAAGGCCCAGACUGCACUGCACAUGUGUGUGUUGGGAAACACUACCAUCCUGGCUGAGUUUGCCACAGACGAAGAGGUUAGUCGCUUUCUGGCACAAGCUCAGCCCCCUACACCUGCAGCAACCCCAAGUGCACCCACGGCAGGCUGGCAAUCCCUGGAGACGGGACAGAACCAGACAGAUCCAGUUGGACCUGCUUUGAAUCUCUUUGGUGGGUCAACAGGGCUUGGGCAGUGGAGCAGUGGUGGCGGCGGCGGCAGCAGUGGGGGCGAUCUCACUGGCGCUUCAUUGUGGGGGCCCCCAAACUAUUCUUCAAGCUUGUGGGGGGUCCCGAGCGUAGAGGAUCCACACAGAAUGGGCAGCCCUGCUCCCUUACUACCUGGAGACCUUCUGGGAGGAGGGUCGGAUUCAAUCUGAACUUAGAACUUUCAACUCUGACCUCGUGACCUUUUUUGGAACAGCAGCAGCACUAACUUGACCUUUUCGUUUUUUUCAACUUGCAAUAAAUACAUUUAUAAAAGGAAAAAAGAAAACGGAGAGAGAAAAAAAGGUGGGUCAUUGACAGACUGUCUGAGCACAUAGUUGCCUCCCUUAUAUAACUUCAGUUUUUUCGUUUGGAAUAUGAAUCCAAAAAGAGAACAUAUCACUCUUGAAAUACUUGAAUCAUGAACGCCAACUUAGAAAGACAAUGUGAAGCAAGUACACAUACCAUUUAAAUCUAAACACAAAAAAUUAAAAAAAUUAGUUUCUAGUUUUUCACUUUUUCAUGUUAUACGGAAGUUGUUGCUAAGAAACAUAUAUACUGAAAAAAUAGCUUUUUAACUUUGUUUGCACUGGGUGUGUUUCCGUCCUUAGGUCUACCAUGUUGGGUUGGGGCAGGGGUGGGAUUCAAAAGAAAAAACGGGGUGGGGGGGGAGGGGAAGACUUGACGGAGCCUCACUUUAAAAACAAAAAAACAAAAUAAUAAUUAAAAAAUAAAAAAAAUGAAAAAAAUCAACAAAAAAAAACAAAACAGAAAACAAAACAAAAAAACCAACACUUUGUGAUUGGCUGGUUGAUAAGUACCAGUGUGUUCUGGCACAUGUAACUGCCCACGUGUGCUUGUUUCUGUGUGAGUGCGUGUGCACAUGUUCGUGUGUGUGCAUUUUUUCUCUAUAUAUAUAAUCUUGAAACGCUGCAUUGCUGAUGGUCUACGGGCUGGCUGGCCAUCUGCGUGUCUUGCUUCAGAAAACAAGACAAGCACGGUGGAGUCCCUGUGGCUGAAGCAGAAUCCAGUUGGGCUGGAUUAAAAUUUGUCAGUAGGUUUUUUUAAAUUCAUUUUAGCAGGGUGCUAUCAAAAGUUUGCAGAUCAUACUGAGUGGGUAGUCGCUUCCUAGCCCUUGUUCUAACCCUGUGGUAGAGCGGAACACUGCCAUAUCCAAAGGAUUUGGUGAGAGGGGAGCCAAUGUUGUCUUUUGAGUAGCAGUGUAUUUAUUUAUUUAUGUCUGCAUGUGGGGUUUUUGUACUGAGUGAACCCUAGAAUGUUUGUUAUAUAAUGCAAGCCAUUUUUUUUUCUUCAGAAGAGGGGAGGAAAGAAGUCAUUGCCAUUUUUUGUGUGACAAAGACGAAUGUUCUUAUUCAGUCUCUUGCAAGCUUCAGUACCUUGAAAAAAAAAAAAGACGAGCGUUUGUUUUUCUCCCCUGAAUGCAUAGACAAGCACCCACAUUCAUUCGCAAAGAAUCCAUCAAAACCCUGAAAGUCCAGCCCAACCAAAUUAGCCUUUUAACUGAUUCACUGCUUGUAUUAACACUGACAAAAACGAAAUCGUGUCAGCAAAUCGCUGGCCGGCCUGCCUCAUCUCCUGAAAGCACAUGCAGCUAACUCCUUUCUGCGUCUUCACGGUGAGCGUUACCUGUGCCAGGCCUUGGUGUAUUACAACGCCAGACCAUCACUGACAGAAACGUUUACUUACGAAUGUUCUUAAACCAGUGUGUACUUCAAACGUUUCCUUUUGUUUCUCUGUGUUGUGUUUUUUCCUGUGUACGUGGUUUUGCUUAGGGAGGUAUAUAACUAGCAAAGACUUUUUUUUUUUUUUUAAAGUAUUGCACCUUUUUGUUUUUUUUUGUUUUUACUUUUUCUGUACUGUUGCUUUUUAAUUUCUGUAUUUAAGGAAAGGUUUGGGUUUUUUUUUUGUGUUAGCAUCAGUGUAAGUAGUACUCUGGGCAGGAUAGGGGUAACCUAUGUAAUCCACAGUGAUAGCCAGUGUGUGCGUGCAUGUGUGCGCCGGGAACAAAACUUCCAAGACUGCUUGUUGGGAGGCGAGUUGCAGCAGCCUUGAAGAGCAUCCCUUUACACGAAGCCAGAAGUCUUUAGGAGGGGGGACUGGGAAAAAAGGGAAGAGAGAUGCCGGUACUUUUUCCGUAAGCGCUAGCAGUCCCGCGCGGCGUUGUCUAGCUGUCAUACUGUGUAACGAAGUGCCGACGUUGAGUACCAGCAGAUACCUGUCCAUUCCAACCCUCAGCGGGAGCAGUUCUCCGUUUUCAUUGCCUGUCCGGGGGGGGGAGGAUAGGGGAGCCUCUUUCUUCAGCGUUUCAUUGAAGGAUACAACAGUGUCUAAUAUAUUUAACUCUUCAGCUGGGUGGGGAGAAGCGAAGGCAGGUGGGGGUGAGGUAGGGGUGUGUGUGUGCGUGCGUGUGCCUGUGCUGGGGCGGGGGGAAGGCCUAGGGAGUUCCGUGGCUUUUUUUUGAAUUCGCCCUCUCUGUGUAAACCCAAUGUCACGAGGAAGGCUGACUGAGGGAAAUGCUGCAUUCACACAUGCCUGUAGAUUCGUGUGCAAAGUGUUACGUGACAAAAAAAAAGUAUGAGUAGGUUCGUAUUCACUUAGUCAACUGGAGCGUGCAGCAUACUCCGGCCCCGUUUGGAUAUACUUUCCUAUCACGUCUCCUCCUUCAUCCCAGUGUGCACAAAGCAGCAAAAACCUUCUCUUCCAGCUCCCGCUAGCUCGCUGCCCCUCGCCUGCACGCAUCCGCAAAGCUUCGCUUCCGAUAGCCUCCGCUUGAAGCCCAGAGCAGGUGUCGAGCAGCCCAGUGCCAGCAGCACUUCCUAGCGAAGCGCCGUGGGCCCGAGGUGAGCAAGUGCCCGUCCUCGCCCGCGGUUUGCUCUCCGUGCUGGCUCAUCGCUGUGCUCCACCCUCACUUCUCUCUCCCGGCCUGCCCUAAGGUCCCUUUUCCUGCACUUUGGGUUAGUUGAGUUCCUCGCGAUAACUACGGUGAAAGCCGGGUGCUAGAGCCCCUCUUGUUUACAAGACGUAAUGAGGGAUUUGAAAUAUUUAAAAAAAAAAAGAAAAAAAAAGAAAAAAAAAAAGCUAAAUUGUUCUUCCAUUCUAAGUUUAAAGGGAAAAAAAAAUUAAAACGUACAAAAAAAAAAAAGACCAAAAAGUGCAUAUAUAUAUUUUAGAUGAAGACUAACUCUGGGAGCAUUUAACAGUGUUUUUGUUUUUAUUUUAACAUUUUAUUUUCCUGCUUUAAAUUUGCAAGCAUUCUCAGGAAUUCUAGGGUAGGAAGCCAGUUUUUUGAAGAUGGUUUAUUUAACCUUAUCCUAGAUAGAUGGCUGUUUCUUGUUGAUAAACUUUUACAAGUUCCUGAAUCUUCAAAAUGUUUGAAAGUUUUUACUUUAAAAUAAAAAUGCUAAAAAAAAAAUUAAUAAAAAGAAAAAGUAAAAAAAAAAAAAAAAAAAGGUAAAAAAUAUCUCCAAAUGUUACUGUCAAGCGGGGGAUCAAGGAUUUGAGAGACUGUCUGAGUUCAAGUAACGUCAAAACUUCUCAAGAUCAGCAACAGCAAGCCGUUGUGGUCUGACGGUGGGGGAGAAGGAGGGUUCCCGUCCGCAGGGCCGUGUCGCUCACGCGGACGCACGCAGUUGCAUGGAGAAGAGAAGUGCGUGAAUGGAAAUCUUAUCGCUUUGUUCCCUUUCGAUUGAAACUAAACUAUUCUUCCAAGCACCUUUUUCAAAGCGAAACUGUAAGCCGAGCAGAAGAUGCAGUGUAGUGUAGCCGAAAGAGUCCUUGGUCAGGGGCGGCAGCAGGAAAUAACACGAUGGUGCUUCUUUAAACCACUUGUGAGUAGUGCUAAAGAAAACCAGUGCUGACAGAAAACCCAGGAAUGAAGUAGUUGGAGCCUGCCUGUACAGCAAAGGCAGGCGAUGCGGGAAAACUCCAGUGAAACAUCCCGUAGAAAUCGAUUCCCCGUUUUCAGCUCUUCGCUCAGUUUUAUUGCCCACUUGGAGAUUUGCUGCUUGCUUUUCUUCACCCCCAGCCCGCCCCCCUGCCCCGAUCUUUCUGGUUAGUUUUCCAGGAGGGGAAAAGCUGUUAAACCUCCUGCCUUCCUUCCCCCUGUUGCUGCUGGCUGUCAGGGCGUUCGGUCUUGAUCCUGAGAGCCCGGUGCUGGGCCGGCUGCCUUCUGGCCCCCAGCCCCGAGGCUCGGGGGCUCUCGCUCCGCCUGAUGUGGCCAGGCUGGAACCACAAAAACCGCGCUAGUGCCUUUUUCCACGCACCCGCAUGCCCUACGGUAGGGGAAAGGGAGGGAAGGCGAGGCAGUGUAGAGUUGCUUAAUGGAAAUGUACCCGCUUUUAAAGGAAAAAAAAAAAAAAAGAAGAAAAAAAAAAAGCAUGCUGCGUAAGCAGGUCGUGCGCCGAGUUACGUAACAGUAGUUAGGAUUACUGUUUAAAAAAAAAAGUCAGAUGCCAAAUUUCUGUCCUCUCCGUAUCAGUUGCCCAGUGGUUUCGUGUCGUGCUCUGUGUGCAUAUGAGUGUAGACGUCUGUGUCGAUUCCAACGCAUCAACUAAUCUGGAGGAAAAAAAAAAUAAAUGUAUGGCAGGCCAGUAGAGGGGCGUUCAUUUGGGAGUUGAAGAUUAUUUUUAGUUUUAUUUUGUGAUUUUUAAGGAGAGCAAAUGAGCUUUUUUUUAAUUUUUUUUUAGCCAGAGGCUGUGUUUUCAUCAAACCGGCGGUGUCCUAAAAAAGCAGAAAUGUAGGAUUUUGUCAAAAAGAGCCCAGGAGCUUGGCAGUCACUUGGAAGUGAAUUGGGACUGCUGAGGGGUUGCAGCCUGGAGCCUCGGUCACCUGCUGGGUCCAAACCCACUGCCAUGCAGCACUCUGCUCCUCCGUGCCCUAAAGGCACAGGCGUGCAAAUGAUGGUGACCAUCUCCCCAGUGAUAGUUUUCCUGAAUUGUUACAGCAAAGCCACAUUAAUCUUACUGCUUUCCAGCUACAGGUGACAGUUCUGUUCCUCUCCGAAUUACGUGUAGCUAACAGUGCUCAGUCCUGGCAUCCCUAACCUCGGCCAAGGAUUUCUGAGCACCCUGCUAACCAGACUUAGUAUUUUUUUAAUUUUCUGAAGCUACAGAGAACACUAUCAUUCUGUUCCUGGUGUUGGUUCUCAAGAUUAUACCGUUUAGAUAUACCUUGCAGUUUUUUUCAGAUUCCCUGCUUGUUUUGUUUUGUUUUGAAUCCUUCAGUGCUCCAUCUUAGCAGUCUUUUAAACAAGGACCCAUUUGGCACCGGCCUCCUGGCUCACCCCCCAGCCUGCAGCAGUGCAUCAAGCUGGGGCUUUUUUUAACAGGCUUGACGUUUCCUCACUCCGUUUGACAAUUUCAUUUUAGCCAUGAUAACAAAGCCUAGCAAGCAAAAAACAUUCAUGUAAAGAGGAGUGGGUGCAGCUCAGCAACCUGUGUUGAGACCUCGGACACUUAUUUUGGAAAGCAGGUUUAGUAUGCACGUCGGAAGACUUGCCAGCUUUUUCCAAUGUUUUUGUACUUCCCUGGACACUUGGCCAGCAGUCUUGAGAGUGUUUUUUUUUUGUUGUUGUUGCUGUUUUUUCCCAAUCGCAGGCUGUCAGGGUUUUCUUACAAGUUUUUUAUUUUGCUUCAGGUUAAGUGGUGUGCGUAGUGAGCAAGAAUAUUAAACCAAGUGUGUUUUUCCUUUGCGAUAUAAACAAGAUGUUUUCAACAAACUGGCUGGGAUAACCACCUCAAAGAUGAAAUAACAACGGAACCUUUAUAUUAAGUUGUCUCUUUUUUUUUUUUUUUAACCUACCAUUAACUUCUAAACAUUUAGUCUUUUGAACUUUUUCCCUCAUCUUUCCCUUCCUAAAAAUGCUGCCACAUCUUCCACUGUUUGUCUUGAUAGUGCACCCAAGUAGUACUGUAGGGGGGUUGUUUUGUCGCUUCGUUCUUUAAUUAUGUUUACCUUUAAGGCUUCUGAAUUUGUUCAUGCGUAUGCUUUUCCUUUUGACUUUAGGAGGAGUACUGUAGGUGUUUUCUGAGAUACCCAAUUUCGGUCAAGUCUAGUCUGGGAAACUGGGAGUGAUCCUCAUGUAAAUGAGUCCCACUGACCUGAAACCAGCGUGUGCUGCUCAAGGAAGGGCUCUUUGUGCAAGUAAACCUUAGCUGGACCGGGGUCCAGGUAGCAGCUGAGGACCUGUUACAUUUCCAAAGCAGCAAAGGGAUCAGUGUUGUAUAUCUCGCCUUCACUGUAGCUCCUGUGACCUUACCAUCCAGGUUGCUCAAGUGGAUUGAAGAGCUGGUUUUGUGGCAGAUGGUUAGCAUCUCAGGGUAUGGGUCCUGAUGGAGUAGAAGGUGAUUUUUCUUCUCUCUGAAGAGGAGAGGUUCUCCAGGAACCCCCUGGUUCCCCCCAGGAGCAGCUUUCUUAUCUGUAAGUGUGUGCGUGUAUUUGUGGGCAGGAAAGUAAUCCCGAGAAAGCUCAGUUGAAAUGAAUUCAGAAAAAAAAAAAAAAAAGCUGUUGAAAUGCAACUUUGGUCCUGAAUCUGAAACAACAUAUGCAGAAUCUGUUGCUGUGACUAAAUUGAUUUUUUUGCACAAAAUACCAUUUCAGUUUUGUACCGUUUAUCUGCUACAGUUUUGCAGUGUCACAAACCUUAUUGCCUGAUGCUGUUAGAUCAUAUCAGUCAUUCCUGCUGUGAUCAAAACGCAGAUGUCUGAAGUCCAAAUCCUCUUCCUUUCCCUUCACCUCCCUUACGAGGCUUCUCAGUGCGGCAGAAGGGUGUUAGCAGUAAUGGGGGAAAACGUCUAAAGCUUCCCUGCUGUGCUGAAUUCACAUCCCAACCUAAAAUGCAAGCCCUGAACGAUGCUGGAGUGGAGCUGUUGGUUGGCCUAGACGGCAGGAGCCUAACUGGAGAUCUUUAGCAGUCCUGCUAGUUCGUGUCCCUCACGAUGUUUGCCCCGAGUGUCCUGUCCCCGUAAAUACCAGUGUUGAUGAAUUUUACCAAAGUUCCCCCGCGGUAGGUGAUAGGAAACAGCCAGGUCCAUCCCGUAGUGACUCUCCAAGCAGAGCUUUGUCUCCAGUAGGAGCCCAGGGUCCGUCUGUCUGCACUGCUGUGAAAACUGAGUCAGGGUCCUGUUAAAAUAGAGCUCUCCGUUUCGUGGUGUGCGUGGAACUUUAAACCUUGUGCUGCAGUGACUAGAGCUUCUAAUCCUUCUGUGAAAAGUGAGUUAAGGUUUCAUCUAUGAUACAAAAAAAAGCUCCUGAGGGUGUGGAGCCUGUUGUUAAAACUCGUCAGGCCCAGCUUCACCCGUGGCACGCAGCAGCCGACAUCCCUCCGCUUCCACGGUUUGCGUGCGCGUUUUCAUUGAGCUAUGCAGGAAACUUUCUCUCCAAAAAUCCCCCGGGAUCCUGCGCUACGUGAGCAAGCUCCUCACGAAUCAAGUGCCCUCUGUAAAGAGCCGUUUCCACCCCGUGUGUGCGUGUGGCAGUCGGGACUGGCGACAUUCAGCAGCGUUAGGGCUCCUGGUAACUCGAGAGGGUUUUUGUGACUUGACUCCGACAGCCCUUCCGUACCUGAACACAGAGCACUCCAGGGAAGGGUUGGAGAGGGAUAAACGCGUUGUGCCAGCCAGCAUGAAGUAUUUUUGCAGCAAGCACUCUUGACUGUGGUGGACAGAGGGGAAGGGAAGAGAUGGGAGAAGUUUGCCUGGGUGUGCAGUACGAGGAGGCGGUGCAUGGCGAGAAACAUUUCCUUGAGCACAAAGCCUCACCUUGGGUGUCAGCGUGCGCUGUCGCGUUCACAGAACUCAUUUCUUCAAGUUUUUAAUCUGUUUUUGUUUGUUUGUUUUCUUAAACUGAGACAAAGUGGAAGCUUCAGUCAGAGCAGGUUGCACAGCUUGCUAGGAUAGCUAUUUUAUGACAUGGUUAUGAUAUUACGUGCUUGCUUUCCCCUCCCUCUCCCUGCCAGAUGCGGCUCACCCUUUCUAUAGAAGGCGUCAAGUGUGGGUUUUUUUGUUUUGUUCUGGGGAUGCGUGGAGAAAGAAGCAAAAUGAAGUGAAAAAUGCAAGCCAAGGUAGAACAGCCUUACUUUAGGGGGGUAGCCUUACAACAGAGCUUUAUAGUGAGUGUGCUGUAUUCCAAAAUAUGUAAGCCAAAAACAAAAAAAAGCAUUCAUUUAUGCAAAAAAAAAAUAAUUAAAAAGAGGUGUUGGAAGACUUCUUUAAUAUGUACCUUCUAAAGGUAGCGUAAGGUCUCACCAAGUGAUACGUUAUUGUGAUACUUCUUGCUGGGUCAGUAGGGACGGGUCGGGGUAUAAGCGCUUAAUGUUUUCCUCCUUCUGUGUUUUUACAAGCAGUAAGUUAAAUGUGGUAUUUAUGAAUGUGCCUUUGUGAGUAUAGUGACUAAUUGAGGAGACCGCUUGGGCUGGAGGGGAGACAAUGGUCAAUUUAUUCUUUCAAGAGGUCAGACGUUGAGAUUCCAGCCCACUGGUCCCUUUUUUUUUUUGGCAAGCAGCAUCCUUGGGCUGGUCUCUACACUGCACAAUACGUAUUCAUCUGUGGUAGAGAUCGGGGUGGGGGGCGAGGAGGGAGGCGGUGUGAUGCACAGAAGCUGUUGGUAGUUUUAGGCUAGGCUGCCGUUGCAGGUUGAGUUUGUCCAUGUACUACGUGGCUUCUCUUUACGUUGGUGUGCAUGAGUGUGAGUGCGUGUGGCUUUAUUUUUUUUGUAAGCACUGGAGAAUUGAAACACAGUGAUGUUUGAGACAAAUUUAUACAUGUAGACAAGAUGACGUUUUGUAGCUUCUGUUAAAUAGUGGGUGCAGGCACACUUUUACCCUCUGUCCGUGUCCUGAUAAGAGAAACAGGAGAAUUUAUUUUUUUCAACCCUUCAACUUCCAGCACACUUAAUGUUGCCAUUUAAAUGAACAGGGUAUUACACAAGAAGAAAAAAGAGUUUUUGAAAUGGUGAGGUAGAAGUGUUUAAAAGGAGAAAAAAAGAAAUCUGAAGUAAUUUUUUGUUUCUUCGAAGCUGUUUGUAGCUAAACAUGGGAAUCUGCAGUGUCUCCUUCCAUUUGUUUUUUUUUUCUAAUAAUUCACCUCUUCGUCCCACCCAAACCGAGGUGUACGAGAUCAAGAGCUGUUGCUGUAGCCCCUCGCAAUUCCCACCCUGAAAAGCAACUCCAGUGGGAUCCCUCAGCUCUAUUCAGGAAGACAAAGAGAGGAGAGACUCUGCAGUUUUCUUUGCUUCGCUCUCAUUCCUCUCUAAUGGCCUUGAAAUGUAUUAUUAUGCAAAUGUGAAUUUUGAUACUGAACUUAAGAAGAGGUUGUUUGUUCUUUUUUCAAAAAAAAAAAAAAAAAAAGGUCCCAUAUGUGGUCAGCAUUGCUUCUUUAUUUUGUAAGUGAAUUGUAAACUAUGCAUUCUGCAAAGGGGGCGUAGGGGACGAAGAUAGCUUUGCUAAACUGUUCAGGAGUUUCUGUGUCCAUGGUAGAUCCGUUACCAUUUGGGGGUGGUGAAGUGAUAACUUGGAAAUAGACAGGAGUUCCCAAGAACUUCUCUUGGUUCAGAAUUCGGCCCCUGGGCAGAGAUUUGGGGAAACGAAGGUCGACUACAAAAGCAAAUGGGCUCCAAAGCUGCUGCAGGAUGGCGAAUUGUAGCCAUGCAGUGUUAACCCAGGGCCAGGAGGGUGACUGGGACACCAGCUCUCCCUGGGGAGCGAUCCGCCGCCGCCUCCUGCGUUCUGGCCCCGGUCAAGCUCAGGAAAACACGGUGCCGUAGGCACUGGCUUCUUUGGAUUUACUACUCGCUUUCCAUUACAACAGUCUUGCACUCUCCCAGGAGAAUUGGGACGCGGCCGGGCCUUCCGUCUACACCCUCUUUUCCCUAAAAUCCUCGUUGCUGCUGUUCCUGGCACAGCUAUGGACAGGACGGUGGAGGUGGUCCUGGUGGUGCUGAUCCAGGCACGACCGCGAGGGUUGCGUUUUUCAACAUCGGCAGCGCGUGCAAUUUUGGGGAACGUAGACUAAUGUGUAGACAAGGCUCUGUUGAAAGAAAGAUCAUCUUUUUAUCCACUGAGUGGUUGGUAGCAUAAUGGGCAAAAAAGGAUUCACUUCCUCACAUCUCCAAAACGCAGCCAUUGUGUGAAUUUCAUGCGUUCCUUGAAGCUCGCUGAGCUUCCAGGAGCGAUCUCCUCAGAAAAGCGUAGAUCUCGCUGCCCUCUUCAUCAUCUUCCUAGGGACCCUUUGUUGACUUGACUUUUUCCUUCGUCCAUGGCGUACCAUGGUACCUGCAUUAUCCUCGGCAUUAUCUUAGACGUAAUACCAUAAACCGAGAGGUUAUCCUGCCUGUAUUCAGUGUUUUCAUGCAGCAAUUUUAUUUGUGUUGACGUUCACAGUACUGUAAUAAGUAAGAGACUUGAUGAUCGCUCUCGCAUCUGCGCCUGCCUUGCAGAUGUGAUCUUAUCAGGGUUCCACUCUGUCAGAUUGCCUUCAACAACAACAAAAAGUUUUAAAAAAAAGGAAAAAAAAAAAUCUGAAGUUUCAACUCACAAAAAUACCUCGUGGUACAUUUCCCCUUCUGACGUAACCAUUUAAAUCUUAACAUCUUCUUCUAAACUUUAUAGGUUUUCAUUUCCAUCUGUUGUCUCCUUUCUAAAAAGAUGCUUGGAGUAGUGGUUUUGAGCACAGGACCAGAAGCCUGGAACUCCUGACUUUGAACAUUGGCCCUUAUUCUUCCCUCUUUGGCCUUGGGCAAGUCAUUGAACUUCUUUGCCUUUGUUUUUUCAUUUGGAAAACAGGGGUGUUAAUAAUACCUACCUACCUCACAGGGGUUUUGUGAGGAUCAAGUAGUACAUGUUUGUAAAGUGCUUUAAAGACUAAAAGCAUGAUAGAAGUAUUAAGAGUUCUUACAGCAAGGUAGCUCAGUUCUUUUUACAUUGUUUGCUUGUGUGGAGGGAGAGAACCCACGACAUUUUCUGUGAUGAAGCCAUUAGACACUCAGACCCUAUGUGACAGAAGCUGAUGGAGAUUGUUACUCACGCUCCUCCUGUCUUUGUGCCAGUUUCCUCCUCCCGCUCUUCCUCGUGUCGUUACACCAGUUUUGCUCCAGGUCACACGUCUCUGGUCAUACUUCUGGAGAAACUUUUGAACUUGAAGUACUUCGAGCUUGCUGCUUCUUUCACCAGAUCUCCACGUUGGAAUCCGUUCGUGUGCUUCUCCCUGCCUUCAAACAGAGUUUUUGCAAUUUGCCAUCCUCCACCGGGCGCAUCUCCUCCUGCCGCCACGAAGGGGAGGCGGUGGCCUGGGGCUGCAGUACGAAGAGCCGUGCCGCUCCAGCAGCGAAGGGCACAGCAGCUUCCCGUGUCCUUCCCUCAGCUAACUUCUCACUGACACUUAAGUACAGCAUCUCUUUUUGCUCCACGGCAGAAGCCAUCAGCUGCCAGCAAGACGUAGGAAUAGGGAGCGACUGGUCGCUGCUGCCCCGCGCCCUUCCAGCCUCCCGCAGCCUCUCCGGGAGCGUGGUGAGGAAGGGACCGAACCCGGCGGCUGUUGGGGAGCCUCUGCUGCUUCCUCCCCUCUCCAGCCCCGUGGUUGCCCUGUCUUCUUUAUGGAUGUGCAUCUCAGGGCUGUGCAUUUGAGCCCUCAUGCCUUUGGGCGUUGGGCCUUUGAAACAUCAAGGGUUUCCGUGUCCGAAACCUCCCCGACGCUUCCCGGUCCUUUGUCCUGCGCUGCUCCCUGUGGCCUCAGGAACAUCCCUGUUGCCAGAUGCCACCCGCUCCAUCUCUGCUCGUACUUGGGACGAAACACGCAGCGGUCCUGCAGAGAAGGCAGCCGGAGCGAUGCGGGUGCACCCGUGGGGUUUACACACGCGGCAUCUUGCGUUUCUGUCGCGGCCUGCGGGGCACGCGCGGAGGAUCUGAGGCGCGAAGCUGCUUCUUUCUCGUUCAGAAAACCGAACAAACGGCAGCACGGCUGCUGAUGGCAACUCUGUAAUGUUUACUCUGGAAGAAAUGUUAGGUAUUUUCCCCCAAAGAACCAAAAAUUUUUAAAAAAUAUAUAUUAAAUGAAAGUAACCAAAUGUAAACGUCCUGGAGGGAGGGAAGGGGAGGAGGAGAAGCAGUGAUGGGGGAGCACUCUGGUCUAUCCUGAUCUCCGCCACUUGGCUGGAGAUGCGAAAUGCUGCUCUGAGUUCCACAAACAUAAGGGAUUAUGUUUACAAAGGUAAAUGCCUUCUACCUGUUCAGGAAACUGGCUCACGGUGGGCAUCAGACGUCUGGCGAGCUUCUCCUCGUUGCCAGCGGGCAAUGGGAGAAGGUUUGUGUCUGGAAGAGGAAUGGAGAAAUAGGUUAAUUUCAUCUAAUCUUCGUAGUAAAGCAGUGCCACUUCCUCUCUUCUUCUUCAAAAAAAAAAGACAAAAAAAAAAAAACGAAGGGAGGAGGUUGCAGAACAAGAAACUCGGUGAUGUCCAAACUGGCUGGAUUAGAAAAGGCAGCUUUUCUACUUUGCACAUAACUAGGUAACAGGAAGGUACAGCUCAAGUCCUCUUGCCUGAAACACUGUCCCCCAGAAGCAGACAUUGUAAUAAUAAAACUAGUGGCUGUGUAUAUUGAUGCUCUUCGCAAGUUACCUAUAAGUGUUUGUUUUUUUUUUUUUGAUUUAUUUUUUUUUUCUUAUACUUGAAAUAGCUUCCUUUUAACUAAACUCUCACCGGAGCUCUGGUUUCUCCCCUCCUUCUCCAGCGUGCAGUAAAGCAAACAGACACAGGACAAACGGGGAGGACAUAGAGGAGAUGCCGCAGUGUCUUGCAUAUAGCCAGGGUUCGUCUUAAUUUCCAUCCCGUAAGCUCUCAGCUCUUUGAAUUUCCUUUCCCGAGGGUUUUCCAUGGACACAGAAACUCAGCACUUUACAAGGUGCUCUCGUAUGGCUGGCUGCCCCCCCCCCUUCUCCUCCUUUUCUAUAUUUUUAUUUUACUUUUAGUAUAGUGGUACUUAAAAUCACUGGUUCACUUAAAAAGAAAAAGAAAAAAAAAAAAAAAACAACCAACAAUAAAAUGUUUAAACUCUACUAAUGUACAAAUAAGCUGAAAUGUUGCAUUUUAUGUGUAUUUUUGCCAUAGCAGGUACUGUAUUUCUCAUGCUGGAUUUAGAAAAAAAAAAAAAAAAAAAGAAAAAAAAGAGAAAAAAAAUGAAAAAAUGAAAAAACAAACAAAAAGGGUGAUGUUUUAUUGGAGUGUGACAAGAGUAAUAAGGAAUUAAGUCGUCGUCAUUUCAUUGAAACUGAGAGAUGGUGUAAUACAUAUAUAAGUUUUCUGAAGGUUUUUUUUUGGGCUUUUAAACAGCUUUUUUUUUUCGUUUUUAUUUUAUUUUUAUUUUUUUUUGAAAGAUAUGAUUGUAUUAUGUGCAACUCAGUUGCUUACAUUAUAACUACAAAAUAUUUUUGGGUUCCUGGAAAAAAAAGAAAAAAAAAAAAA